GUCUCGAAUUGAGACGAGCUCAUUGUGAAUCGCCCCCAGUUGGCGAUCGGUCGAUUCUCUCGUGCGCGUGCAAAAUGUUGAAGAUCUUUUUGUGCGGAUUUGUUCUACAAUUCGCCCUGCUAAUCAAUGCCACCGGGCAUUAUUCGAUUGUGGGGCCUGGCACAAUUCGAUCCAACUCCAAGUACAACGUAGCCGUUUCCAUCCACCAGGCAGAUGGGCCGAGUCAGGUCAAAGUAAGCCUAAAUGGACCCUCCUACAAUGAGACCAAGCAAAUCGAACUGCCGCCCAUGUCCACCCAGAAUGUGGAGUUCGAAGUGCCCAGUUUGGCCAAUGGUGACUACAACCUCACGGCCGAGGGAUUAUCCGGUGUUGUGUUCAAGAACUCAACCAAGCUGAAUUAUGCGGACGAGAAGCCCUCGACCUUUGUGCAGACCGAUAAGGCCACCUACAAGCCAGCUGAUCUGGUUCAAUUCCGCGUCCUCUUCCUGGAUGAGAACACUCGACCCGCCAAGAUUAACAAGCCAAUAUCAGUGGUAAUCACCGAUGGAGCCCAGAACAGGAUUAAGCAGUUAACGGACAUCAAGCUGACCAAAGGCGUUUACUCGGGAGAGCUGCAGUUGUCCGAGCAGCCAGUCCUGGGCACCUGGAAGAUUUCAGUCAGUGUGGACGGAGUAAAUCGGGAGACCAAGUCCUUCGAGGUGGACAAGUACGUUCUGCCCAAGUUUGAGGUGGUCGUGGACACGGCCAAGGAUGUGGUCCUUGCUGACAAUGUGAUCAAGGCCACAAUCCGUGCCAAGUACACGUAUGGCAAACCCGUAAAGGGCAAGGCCACAGUUUCACUGGAAUCGGGCUAUGGAUACUUUGGUGAUUCUGUGGGACCAAAACAGGAGAAGACCAUCGACAUCGAUGGCAAGGGUCAUGUGGAGUUCGUGCCUAAUAUCAUGAUGUCAAGGUACUACACACCUCCGAUGAAGCUAUUUGCCAUCGUCACCGAGGAAUUAACUGGCAACAAGCAGAAUGCCUCCGCAACGGUUCGUCUCCACCAAGAUCGUUAUAAGUUCGAAGGUGUUGAGAGCCCAGCCCACUUCCACGGCAACAAGUCGUUCGUCUAUCAAGUUGCUGUGAAGAACGUAGAUGGCUCUCCAGUCACAGAUGCCACGAAGAAGGUCAAAAUAUCGUUCGAGACGAUGAGUUACCCAUAUUCAGAAGACUCGGCCAUUUCGUUCGAGGCACCUGUGAAUGAGAAUGGCAUUGCCACCUUUGAUGUUUCACUCCCCGAAAGCGGUAGCUUCUAUCGCAUUUCUGCCUCUUUUGGUGGGUCACGCGGCCAUGUCGGGUCCAUCUCAAAGUUCGAGCCAACCAGGGAGGACAACGAGCCCCUAAAGAUUCAAGUGAACACGAAAUCGCCGAAAUUGGGUGAACGAGUUUCCUUCGAUGUAAAGUCGCUCGAGAAUAUUCCUUACUUUGUGUACACGGUCGUGGCCAGGGGAAAUAUUGUGCUGAGUGAAUAUGUGGAUGUGCCAAAAGAUCUCAAGUCAUACACGGUUAAGUUCACACCUACAUUUAGCAUGGUGCCCAAGGCAACUAUCUACAUCCACUAUGUCCUGAACAACGACCUUUAUUUUGAAGAAAAGACCAUCGACUUCCAGAAAGAGUUUGAAAAUUCGAUCGAUAUCUCGGCUCCACUCGACGCAAAGCCGAGUGAAGAGAUCAAGUUGCAGGUGAAAACCGAUGCCGACUCCUUUGUGGGUCUCCUUGGAGUGGACCAGAGUGUCCUGUUGCUAAAGUCCGGAAACGAUUUAAGCCAAGAUGAUAUCUUCAAUAGCCUAAACAGGUUCUCGACAUCAACACCUUGGCAGCGCGGCUUUGGACGUUAUCCUGGACAGACUUCUGGAUUGGUUACUUUAACCAAUGCCAACUAUCCCUACAGCACGGGUUCCCUAAGGAGAGACUUUUAUCUACCGGGAGGACUCUCAUACAGAAUGGGUUCACCAAUGGGCCGCAUUGGGUUAUUUAAUAAUCGCGUCGCUUUUGCGAGUCCUGCGAGCAGUGUACAGUUAAACAGUUUCAGAACUGUCAGUUCGAUUGCCCAGCCACCACCAACAACAAUACGCAAAGAGUUUCCAGAAACGUGGAUUUUUGAAAAUGUGGAAGGAGAUGGUUUUACAUUGAGCAAGAAAAUCCCGGACACGAUUACCUCGUGGGUGGUCACAGGGUUCUCCCUUAACCCGACUUCCGGUAUCGCAUUGACCAAGAAUCCCAGCAAGAUUCGAGUGUUCCAACCGUUCUUCGUAUCCACCAAUCUUCCUUACUCAGUGAAACGAGGUGAAGUGAUAGCUAUUCCCGUGGUGAUCUUCAACUACCUGGACAAGACCGUCGAUGCCGAGGUUGUGAUGGACAACUCCGAUCAGGAGUACGAGUUCACCGAGGCCACUAACGAGGUGCUGGAGAAGGCCUCCGAUGAGGUGCGUCGUGUCAAAAGGGUGACGAUUCCAGCCAACAGUGGCAAGAGUGUUUCGUUCAUGAUCCGACCGAAGAACGUGGGAUCGACCACCUUAAAAAUCACGGCCACCUCUCCUCUUGCCGGCGAUACCAUUCACCAGAAACUUAAGGUGGAGCCGGAAGGCGUAACCCAGUUCGAAAACCGGGCGGUCUUCGUCAACCUGAAGGAUCAGCGCGAGAUGUCGCAGUCUUUGGAGGCCGAUAUCCCCAAGGAAGCAGUGCCUCAGUCAGAAUUCAUCGAGUUCUCCGUGGUGGGCGAUCUACUGGGACCGACGCUUCAAAACCUCGACAAUCUGGUGCGAAUGCCCUACGGUUGCGGAGAGCAGAACAUGGUCAACUUUGUGCCCAACAUCCUGGUGCUCAAGUACCUGGAGGUCACAGGUCGCAGGUUGCCGGCCGUCGAGGCGAAGGCCAAGAAGUUUCUGGAGAUCGGCUACCAGAGGGAACUGACCUACAAGCACGACGACGGCUCCUACAGUGCCUUUGGUAAAUCCGACGCCUCUGGAAGCACCUGGCUCACCGCCUACGUGAUGCGCUCCUUCCAUCAAGCCGGAAAGUACACGGAUGUGGACCCCAAGGUCGUGACUGCGGGUCUCGACUUCCUGGUCUCGAAGCAGAAGCCGAGCGGCGAGUUCCCCGAGGUGGGGAAGCUCUUCGACAACGCCAACCAUAAUGCCCUGGGUCUCACCUCCUUCAUCCUGCUGGCCUUCUUCGAGAAUCAUGAACUUAUCCCGAAGUACCAGAGUGCCAUUGAUAAGGCAGUUGGCUACGUGGCCGAGGAGGUUGACAAAACCGACGACCAGUACUCCCUGGCCAUUGCCGCCGUGGCCCUUCAGCUGGCCAAGCACCCGCAGGCGGAGAAGGUCCUGGCCAAAUUGGAGGGCGUGGCCAAGAACGAAAACGAUCGCAAGUGGUGGUCCAAGGCUGCAGCUUCGAGUGAUGACACCGAUCGCUUCUUCCACUGGAAGCCGCGCAGCAACGAUGUGGAGAUCACCUCCUACGUGCUGCUCGCUCUCCUCGAAAAGGAUUCGGCUGAGCAGUCCCUGCCCAUCAUCAAGUGGCUGAUCUCGCAGCGCAACAGCAACGGAGGGUUCUCAUCCACCCAGGACACGGUGAUCGGACUGCAGGCACUCACGAAGUUCGCCUACAAAACGGGUUCGGGAUCGGGAACAAUGGACAUUGAGUUUGCUCCCGCGGGCGGAUCCAAUGAAACGAUUAAGGUCAACCCAGAGAACUCUCUGGUUCUGCAGACCCAUGUUCUGCCCAAGGACACACGCAAGGUUGACUUCAUGGCCAAGGGCACGGGAUCUGCGAUGGUUCAGUUCUCGUACCGCUACAAUCUGGCUGAAAAGGAGAAGAAGCCGACCUUCAAGGUGACGCCCACGGUCAAGGAAUCGCCUAAGCAGCUGCUGGUGGUGGACAUCUGUGCGGAGUACGUGCCCUUGGAGGACGCCGACAAGGACAAGGACUCGAACAUGGCCGUCAUGGAGAUCGCUUUGCCAUCCGGUUUCGUCGGAGAUGCCGAGAGCCUGGGCAAAAUCGAGGCUGUGGAUCGGGUGAAGCGCGUCGAGACGAAGAACUCCGACUCCACGGUGGUCGUCUACUUCGAUAGCCUGACUCCUGGGGAUGUCCGCUGCCUGCCGGUGGAGGCCACAAAGGCCCAUGCGGUGGCCAAGCAGAAGCCCGCCUCCGUUUCCCUCUACGAUUACUACGACACCGAGCGCCGCGCCACCGAGUACUACCAGGUGCAGUCCUCCCUCUGCGACAUCUGCGAGGGCUCCGACUGCGGGGAAGGUUGCAAGAAGGAGUAGGGCUUCAGUUCAGCAGUGUCCUUAAUUCAAGAAAAUUUCAACCAAUAACAAAUAAAAUAUUCAAGAACACAAUAAA